UUUAUUCUAUAGUCUAUAGUCGGCCACUGGGAGCUUUGCCGCUCGUGUGAUUUUUUUGGGAUAUUUUCGCGCCUCCUUUAGUAAAUAUAUGUUAUAAUUAAAUUUUAUAUGCCUAACAUUCCAACAUGGGUGCCUAUUUGUCUGAACCUGUAACUGAAAAAGUAUCUAGCGAUGAAGCCAACGAUAAAUUAGAGUGCGGCGCAAGCUCCAUGCAGGGAUGGCGUGUCAAUCAAGAGGAUGCUCACAAUACAAUCCUAGACUUCGAUGUGAAUACAUCUUUGUUCGCCGUGUACGACGGUCACGGAGGCGCCGAAGUAGCCACAUACUGCUCUCAGAACCUCCCUAAUUAUAUAAAGAACACAGAGGCAUACAAAAGUGGAGAACUUAUAAAGGCUUUAGAAGAUGCAUUCUUGGGAUUUGAUGCUACCAUUGCAAGCAAAGAGGUUAUGGACAUACUAAAAGAACUAGCAGGUGAAAUAAAUCCACCAGGGCCUAGUGACAAUGAGGACUCAGAAGAUGAUAAUGUUAGCAAUUUAUAUCAAGAGGCUCGGCUACCAUUACAGGAGGUUUUGGCUAAGUACGAGAAUAAGUUGAGCACCCUACAUCGCACACGGCUUGGUGACACUGCCACUCCACUUUCACCAUGCUUGCGGGCAAAGAAGAGUGCUGAAGAGGCUGGCUGCUCAGGUGCAGGUGCAUCUAGUUCGAGUUCCGGGAUCGCGUUCGCUGCUGGUUCCAGCUCCGAGUUGGGCGGCGCCGGCGCAUCCUCCAGCAACAACGGCGUCUGUGACGAAACACCGGACGAAGACGCUGGCGGUGUGUCCUCUACUAACUCCAAUGAGGAGGACAAAGACUUGAAUGGAGAGUCAUUUUAUCACAAGGUCUCAACCAGCGAGCCUGCUGAGAAAGCAAAUGAUGCAGCAAUGGAGGUAGAUAAGCCAAAUUCCACGGCCCCAGACAGUUCAGAAGACAACUGUCUCGAACCGGAGCAGAGCGAGAGCGUCAAGCCCGCUGGCAACGGUGCAGGCGACGUGUGCAACGGAGAGGUCACAGACUCCAAGCAAGUAGACAGUCAGGAGAGCAACAUCACUUCUUCCAAUGGCUCAGCAACCCCAGUCAAAUCGGGAAAAGCUAAAGAUAAAACAUCGCCAGUAUCAAGUUCAGACAAAGCAGUCCCAGAGAGACCCAAGAAGACUAAGCUGCGUCGAGUUGCCGCCGAGGUGUACCAGUCGUUGUUGCGGCAGGCGGCUGCGGAGGACGACGAUGACGACAGCGACUCCAACGAUGAGACCUUCGAGGGGGGAGAAUUGAAUGACAGCUCGGAUGAGGAGAAUGGAGAUGGAGUCGAUGACUCUUCUAACGAUGGUGAGGCAGAGGAGGAAGAAGAGGAAGAGGAAUGCGACUCCAGCGACGAGGAUGGAGAUGAGCUCAGUCUGACGGAGGAGCCUGGCAACGACAGCGGCUGCACCGCCGUCGUCGCACUGCUCAAAGGCAAUGAGUUGUAUGUAGCGAAUGCGGGAGAUUCGCGCUGCAUCAUCUGCAGAGAUGGCAAGGCUAUUGAUAUGUCAAUAGAUCACAAACCCGAGGAUACCCCAGAGCUCGAGCGAAUAACGAAAGCUGGCGGGAAAGUAUCCAAUGACGGCAGAAUCAACGGUGGCCUUAAUUUGUCUCGAGCGAUCGGGGACCAUUCCUAUAAACAAAAUAAGGAUUUAGAUGCUAAGGAGCAAAUGAUCACAGCACUGCCAGAUGUGAAAACUUUAACGAUUGACCCAGUCAAAGAUCAGUUCAUGGUGCUAGCUUGCGACGGAAUAUGGAACUUUAUGUCUAGUCAAGACGUGUGCGAUUUCAUUUUGCCGAAAUUGGCAGAGGGCAGGGAGAGGUUAUCUCAGAUCUGUGAAGAGAUGUUUGACCACUGCUUGGCGCCGAGCACGAUGGGCGACGGCACGGGGUGUGACAACAUGACCGCUAUCAUCGUGCGGUUCAAGGACGGGCUCAUCGCCGAUGUGGGACAGCUCAGCAACGUGGAGGUGUCGAAAAAACGCGUGGCCGAGGAGGAACCCAGCUCAGAAGAACAACAAGAUUCCAAAAGGCAAAAGGUUGAUGAUCCUCUUUCAAGUUCAGUAGUGACUUCCAGUGUUUAAUCUUAAGGAUAAUGCAAGACAGUGUUCAAGCCACAUUUAGUAUUGUGAAUGUUUGGUAGAGACUUAAUUUAUUUUUUAAAAAAGGUCGAAUUGGCAUUCAGUUUAUUUCAAGAGUAGCUAGUUCUAUUACGUAUAAAUUGAGCGAAUCCCAUUUUUGUACUUCCCUGUUUGAUACGCGUUUGAUACGUUCGGAUAUACUAAGUCGAUUUGCCUUAUUUUGGGGCCUGUUAACCCAUGUAGUAUGUUUUACUGUGUUAAGAUUAAGUAAUUACAUUUUAAACACUCAAUUACUAGACGAGUAGGCGUGCCCGUACGGCAAGAGUUAGUAAUUAAUUUACACUUUACGUAGUUUCGGGACUAGCGAUUGAGAUCGGCAGUAUAACAUAACUAGAAUUUAAUUCACGGUGCAUUGUCAAAUUGUACUCGUAUUGGUACUGCUCAGGAACUACAGGCAUUUAUAGAGUGCUUUCAAAUAAACCAUAUGCCUCUUGAAUAUGAUCACUUACAUGGGAUACUUACUUCUUGAUGUGUCAUGUUUUAUAUCUUUUGGGUGAUAUAUUGAUAAGUUUGUAGUAACCGGAUUGUAUUUUAGAAGAUAUAUCACAUGACACGUCAAGUGCGACUUAUGAGGGGAGAAGGUUUGCUCCUUAUAUGAUAAUAAAUUUCAGAACUGAUUUGUUGUCUAGCGACUAGUUUGUAAGCUGUAAGUGUAAGUUACGGAAUUUAAGUUAUAAAAUCUUCAAUACAUUUUGAAUUCCAUAUCCCUGCAACCUAGGUAAUUAAAUGAAAGCAUUUUUUUGUUUGCUAGAGGAGGCAUUUUUUUUAAUUGUGACUUUUUAGUUUUAAUUAUAUUUUCCGUUGCCUGAUAGGGUUACCCAUUGGAAAAUAGGGGUAAUAAGAGGUGUACAAUCUUAUUUUGUGUUGACUUUGAAAACAUACAAUUUAUAGUGUGUUGUAAGCAUAACAGGUGACAUUUUAUUACUAAUCUCAACUUAAUUUCUGACUUAAUUAAUGUGUAUGUGUCUACAGUUUACAUGUUACAUUUUAAGUACUGGAAGACCAAAAAUCAAAACUUACUUAUUUUUUGAUAGCGAGACGGAAACCCUCGCCAAGUUGGUUUUUUAUUUAAAUAGUACCUUAUAUUAUGAUGUGCCAGUGGAUAUAGAUAAAAUUUUGGUUGUAUUUGGUGAUUGGUAUAGACCUCGACAAUUUGGCAUAUUCCUAAAACAAUCGGAAACGUGAAGAAAUGUAUAAAAUUCAGUAAUUUAUGUAUGUUAAACCCUAGUAAUAGUUAUAUUUU